AUGUCAGUCAACCGACUAGAUCCAAAAAAGCUCAACGUGCUCGUAUACACCGGCCAUGGAAGCACGCUGGAAUCCGUGCGUCACUGCCUGUACACCCUCCGUCGCCUGCUCGCGCCGAGCUAUGCGGUCAUCCCAGUCACGGCUGAUAUGAUACUAAAAGAACCAUGGACAUCAACAUGUGCUAUGCUCGUCAUGCCCGGCGGUGCAGAUCUAGGAUACUGUCAAGUGUUGAAUGGCCACGGGAACCGACGAAUCUCGCAAUUCGUGCAACGAGGCGGCGCAUACCUAGGUUUCUGUGCCGGCGGGUACUACGGGAGCAAGAGAUGCGAAUUCGAGGUCGGCGAUAAGAAAAUGCAGGUUAUUGGGGAACGCGAGUUGGCGUUUUUCCCCGGUACUUGUCGGGGCUGUGCGUUUCCUGGAUUCGUGUAUUCGAGCGAAGCUGGCGCGCGUGCUGUGGAACUCAGGGCGUCCAAGUCGGCGUUGAAUGCUGGUGCGGUGCCGGACGUUUUUCGGAGCUAUUAUAAUGGCGGCGGUGUGUUUGUUGAUGCUGAAUCGUUUGCCGAUCAAGGAGUGGAAGUGUUGGCGAGCUAUACGGAAGAACUUCAUGUUGACCCUGGGAAUGGUGCAGCUGCUGUGGUAUACUGCAAGGUUGGCGAGGGUGCCGCUGUUCUUACAGGACCCCAUCCCGAGUUUGCAGCGGCGAAUCUCGACAAGUCGGCUGGCGGCCCGGAGUACGGCAAGGUGGUUGAUCGACUAGCAGCAGACGACAAAUCGAGGACGGAUUUUCUCAAGUCAUGUUUGUCGAAACUUGGCUUGCAAGUGAAUCAAGACACGUCUACGGUACCAUCCCUUUCUUGCUUACACCUUUCUUCUAUCGAGCCUGAGUACACCCAGAGCAUUGUACGCUCAUUAGACGAGUUAAUCACAAAAGAAGAUGGGAAAGAGCUAUUGAAGGAUUUAAACGACACAUUUCAAAUAGAGAGAUCGGACAAGAGUUUCCAAAUGCAAGGUCUAGAGGAAGCUUUGUCUGAUAAUGUUAAGGAUGCUGAAAAGACAAAUACUGAUGCCUCAGAGGACAGAAUUAUCGAUUAUAAUGCGAUAGUCAAGCGCCUUAUGAUCCACGACGAAAUCCCGUCAUCUAAACUGACACCUUAUUUCAAUCACCAUGCCUUCUAUGCCAAUCUGAAAUAUUACCAGUCAAAGUCAAAAGAACCAGUGCUGGAUUAUGGGAGGCAUUUACUGUACGGAGAAGUUGUGACGAGUACAAAUACUAUACUUGAAAAGAACUCACGCCUCCUUCGCCAUCUUCCCACCGGCUUCACUGCAGUAGCCACGAUCCAGGUCGCCGGAAGAGGGCGCGGGUCCAAUGUCUGGGUUUCGCCAGCUGGCGCUCUUAUCUUCUCGACCGUGAUCCGCCAUCCCAUGGAGAAGAUGCAAAGCGCACCAGUCGUGUUCAUCCAAUACCUAGCAGCCAUGGCUGUAGUCAAGGGCAUAAAACGGUACGACAAAGGUUACGAAGACCUACCAGUGAAAAUGAAAUGGCCAAACGACAUCUACGCCCUCGACCCAGCAAACCCAGAGAAGAAGCAAUACACGAAAAUCUGCGGGAUUCUAGUGAAUUCACACUAUUCCUCUCAAGAGUACAUUUCCGUGGUCGGGAUCGGAAUCAACGCAACCAACGCAUUGCCGACGACAUCACUAAACGCACUGGUCGAGAAAUUCGCAUCGACAUCGACACUCAAGUCCAACCCCAUUACUCUCGAGAAGCUCCUGGCGCGGAUCCUGACUGUCUUUGAAGAACUGUACACCCGGUUUUUACGCGUGGGUUUCGAUAAGACGUUUGAAGAGAUGUAUUACGAUGAUUGGCUGCAUAUGCACCAGAUUGUGACCCUGGAAGAAGAGGGCGGUGCGCGGGCACGGAUUAAGGGGAUUACGCGCGAUUAUGGAUUGUUGUUGGCAGAAGAAUUGGGCUGGGAGGAUCGUCCGACUGGAAAGGUAUGGCAGUUGCAAAGCGACAGUAAUAGUUUUGACUUUUUCAGAGGCUUGGUGAAGAGAAAGGUAUAA